AUGUGCGACGAAGAAAUCGCCGGUUUAGUUAUUGACAAUGGUUCCGGCAUGUGUAAAGCUGGAUUUGCUGGCGAUGACGCACCGCGUGCCGUCUUCCCAUCCAUCGUUGGAAGACCGCGUCAUCAGGGUAUAAUGGUAGGCAUGGGCCAGAAAGACAGCUACGUCGGCGAUGAGGCGCAGAGCAAAAGAGGUAUCUUAACACUAAAAUAUCCAAUCGAACACGGUAUUGUAACAAACUGGGACGAUAUGGAAAAGAUUUGGCACCAUACUUUCUACAAUGAGUUGCGUGUAGCCCCCGAAGAACACCCAAUUCUCUUGACGGAAGCGCCAUUGAAUCCUAAAGUUAACAGAGAAAAAAUGACACAGAUAAUGUUUGAAACGUUCAACAACCCGGCAAUGUACGUAGCAAUCCAGGCAGUUCUCUCAUUGUACGCGUCUGGGCGCACCACCGGUAUAGUGAUGGACAGUGGUGAUGGCGUUACUCACACGGUACCGAUCUACGAGGGAUACGCGUUGCCUCAUGCCAUAUCGAGGUUAGACUUGGCUGGACGUGAUCUCACCGACUACCUUAUGAAACUCUCUACUGAAAGAGGGUACACAUUCACGACAACAGCUGAGAGAGAAAUUGUUCGAGACAUCAAGGAAAAACUUUGCUACGUUGCUCUAGAUUUUGAGCAGGAAAUGGCCACUGCAGCUGCUAGCUCCUCAUUGGAGAAAAGUUAUGAACUUCCAGACGGCCAGGUCAUCACUAUUGGCAACGAAAGAUUCCGUGGCCCAGAAGUACUCUUCCAACCAUCUUACAUAGGCAUGGAAUCUGCGGGCAUCCACGAAACAACAUUCAACAGCGUCAUGAAGUGUGACAUAGACAUACGUAAAGACCUCUACGCCAACAUAGUGCUGUCAGGUGGUAGCAGCAUGUUCCCGGGAAUCGCCGACAGAAUGCAGAAGGAAGUGACGUCUCUAGCACCCAGCACCAUGAAAAUCAAAAUUAUCGCUCCGCCUGAGAGAAAAUACUCCGUGUGGAUCGGUGGCUCCAUCUUGGCUUCUCUUUCAACCUUUCAACAGAUGUGGAUCAGUAAACAGGAGUACGAUGAGUCCGGUCCUGGCAUCGUGCACAGGAAAUGCUUUUAG